AUGCCCUCGCCAGCACCUGUGAUCAAGCGUUCCAGCUCGUCAGGCCCUGUGCCCGCCCUCGAACCGGACGCCAGACGCUUCAAACGUCCCUACCACCACCACCACCGUCUGCUGAACCCUGUCGUCCCGGCGCUGGCAGAGCCCGCCGUCACGGAUAAUGUCUGCGUCGAGGAGCUGCUGAACCGGUCGAUCGGGCAGGCUCUACGGGAGUCUGGAUUCGACCUUGCGGAUCCGGCAGCGCUGGAGAGUUUCCGGGUUGCGACCGAGGAGUACAUCAUUCGCUUCUCUUCCUAUGUACGCCAGUCGAUGCUUUCCUGCCGUCGCAUCCAACCGAUCCCUCAAGAUUUUGAACACGCCCUGCGUCGAAACCGACUGCACUCCGACGACCUCCUACCCUACCUAAAAACCGCACAGCCGACGCCGACCUUACUGCCCAGCCCGCCGCCGGAGGACGAGGAGGUGUUCAAACCCCUGCCGUUCCUUGGCCCGCAGUUGAGCGGGGAGGACGAGCGCGUCCGACACGCGUACAUCCCGUCGAAUUUCCCCGAGUUCCCCAGCAAACACACGUACUGUCAUACACCGGUCUUCACCGAGCGAGAACGCGACCCGCGCAAGAUCCGGGAGCGCGCCACCGAGGACGGCCGCCACGGCGAAGAGGCCCUGCGCAAGCUGGCGCGCGCCGCGUUCAAGGACAACCAGUCUGCAGCGGCUGGGCGGGACAAGAAGCUGUGGGGCCGCCGCAUGGAAAGCAUGGACAGCAUGUUCGAGAAGACCAUCAAGGGCCUCACCAAGAAGAUGCACAAGGAGUCGUCGGCGGUCGCGGUCGGCGGGGAGGUUGACCUGCCGGGCGAGGCUCCCACUCGCACCAAAUCUUCCCUUCUGAGCCUCGAACUCGGACCCAUCGUCAACUGCGAGCGGGACUUGUGGCGCCGAACGACAGCGGGCAGUCGUCGGGUCGAGGAGAAGCCUGUCGAAGCGAAGGACGUUGCGACAACCACCAGGGUCGAAAGCUGGCGAGCCCGUUCAGCCUUUUCCUCUUCAGCCAGCCGUAUCGGUUCCCAAGCCGUCGUCUCAACCGUUAAACCAUUGGCGCAUCUAAAGAUAUCAACACCUGACGCUUUUCUCUUUCUCUCUCGUUUUCCAGACGUACCUCCUGAACAACCGCACAAUGGGUGUACACACGACCUGUCCCGGGCUGGGAACCCCCUUCUGCGGCGGAUUGCACGAGUACUGCACCAUUUCAAACAGCGGGCAGUCCGUCAGGUUGACCUGUGGUCCCUUGCGGCGUUUCUCCCGGUAGUUCUUCGUCACGGUGUUGACAUGGUCGGGGAGGGUUGCGACGUCGAACAUGGGGACCAGGGGGGCCAUUUUAGAAAUCUCAAAGGGCUAGACGGGCUGCUUGAUGAUCUGUGGGCUCUCUCCAACGGCCAGGACGGGCCAGCGUAUCGAUCCGGCGUGAAAGGGCUGGACAAGCUGCUCGCAGCCCAGGCAGAGAGACGGCAAACCGACGAUGAGAACCGGUCUACGCCGAUCAAACGGGGAGACCCCGUCGUGGAGAUCUCGAGCAGCUCGUCGGGAGCCGGCAAGACGCAGCUGCUCUACUAUCUGGCCGCCAUGGCUGUUCUACCCACUACGUACGACGAGGUGAUGCUGGAUGGACAGCACGCGGCGGUGGUGUGGAUCGACAGCGACGGGCGGUUUGACGCGCAGCGUCUCCGGGUCGUCGGCCGGGGGAUCGUGCGUGAGAAGUUGCUUGAUGACCAACAGGGAGGCUCUGCUACCGAUGCAGAGAUUGAUGCCCUCGUGUACGCUUCCUUGCAGCAUGUGCACGUUUUCCGGCCGGAAUCGUCAUCGGCGCUCCUCGCGACGCUCCGCAGUCUAGAGACGUACCUGUUCGACGAGACCCGGCAUCCCUCUGCCGCACGGAGACUCCACGGCCUCUUCAUCGACAGUGUGGAUGCGUUUUUCUGGCAGGAUAGACUGCGCGACGAGGUCGCUCGGAUCGAGGAGAUCGGCCGGCCGGUCGCUGAGACUGCGGCGGAGCGAGACACCCGGCUGAGUUUCGUUCUCUCGACGCUGCACGCCGACCUCGUGCACGAGCUGCAACGCCUGCAACGCCUGUUCCAUUGCGCCGUCGUCUUCACCCGAGGCCCUGGCCGCCCGGUGCCGCCGUGGGGCGCCUUUCCAAGUCUGCGUCUUGCAGUGCAGAGGGAUGUUGUUCGGCGGUUUGCUCCCGAGAUGUCGGCGAGGGAGGCUGAGCAGGAGGCCGCCCAGCGACAUGCGGUGGUGAGUCGGGGACGGUUUUCGGUUCAUGCGAUGGACACGGGAUUUUCCUUCUAUGUUGGCGAUGACGUUUCUUUCAUUGAUUCGUUCAAUGAGUGA